CAGCCUUCUGACGCCUUGUAGGAAAGGUUUCUCCGUGUGGCUGUUUUAGGCAAAUAUUUUUAGCUCUGUUAAACUGCUUCCCUGGGUCACAGGUCAUCAAAGAAUAAGCAUCUCAAGGCAUGAGAAGACAAAGACCUUUUUGGGUCAUGCAUCCAACUGAAGCUGACAGGAACACCUGUCAAUGUAAAACUCACGAAAACCUCCAAUACAUGGCAGAAAGUCUUUACAAUCAAGGCUUGUUACAAACUAAAAAUCUGGAUGAGAUGGCAGAUGCUAUAGUUUGUGACACAAAGAGCAAAAUAUGUGCAUAUUCAGAGUGUCCAGAAUGCCGUGUGACAACAUUUCAAAUGAUAAAGAGUCCAUCAAAUGAAAGCAUUUCGGUGACACAGUGGGUCCUUGAAAAGAUUGGAGAUGCUAGCCAUGACAAAAUGACCGUUUCUGUUAAAAAGGAGAUGGUCACCACAGAAGAUGCUCUGGUGACACAGUUCCAGGAGAGGCUUGCUCAUUACAGACGACACCUCUUCAACAUCAGAUGGCAAUAUGGAACAUAUCGGCAGGUGAGAGAGAAUUUGCAAGAAACUGACGCUUUAAUCCAUGUCGACUUUAGCGAGAAUUACAACUGCAAAUACUCACAAGAGAUUCAGUCUGUGCACUUUGGUGGAUCCCACCAGCAGGCUACACUGCACACUGGAGUUCUCUACAUCAAAGCGGAACAGCCCAUCAUCCCUUUCUGCUCCAUCUCGCCAAGCCGCCAACAUGAUCCUCCAGCCAUCUGGGCUCAUCUUUCACCUAUUCUUACCCAGCUGAGGGAGCGCUGUCCAGGUGUCACCAGACUACAUUUUUUCAGUGACGGACCAGCCACGCAGUAUAAGCAGAAGGCUAACUUUUACAUGCUGUCCACUGAGCCAUUUAAGAUGGGCUUUAAGGAGACAAGCUGGCAUUUCUUUGAGGCCAGCCAUGGUAAAGGUGCACCAGAUGGCAUUGGUGGCUCCUUGAAAAGAACUGCAGACAGUCUAGUGCACCAUGGAACAGACAUUCCAGAUGCUGAAUCCCUGUUCCUUCAGCUCAAACAGAAGACGUCUUCAGUGGAGCUGUUCUUUGUGUCACCAGAAGACGUGGAAAAAAUGGGACAACGCAUUGUGAACGGACCUCCACUUGUAACUAUUAAAGGCACGAUGAGGAUGCACCAGGUGAUCAGUGUGGUCCAAGAAAGCAUCAAAUACAGGGAUAUCAGCUGUGUAUGCAAAAUGAUGGAUGGAGUCCUUGACUGCCCAUGCUAUGGCCUUCAAGAGUUCACAUUUGCCAGAAGUGAAAGUCAACAAGAAGACUAUACCAUUGAAAGGUCUGCCCCUGCUUUACUCCGUCCAGAAGUAAUCUCAAAAGUGCACAUUGGCCAGUGGUGUAUAGUAAACUAUGAUGCAGAUCCUUAUCCUGGCAUCAUUCUUGAAGUGGAGGCACACAACAUAAAAGUAAAAUGUAUGCACCGAAAUGGAGUUAAUAAAUUCUUCUGGCCCAGCCCAAGGGAAGAUGUCAGCUGGUAUGGGGAUGAUCAAAUUGUGUGUUUUAUUCCUGAGCCAGUCGCUCUGAACAAAAGGUCAGUUCAGAUUGACAAAAAAAUCUGGCACUAUUUAGAGAAGCAUUUGUAAAACCUCCUUCACUCAUCUGCCCUGGUGUUCGCUGAAGAGAGCAAAUAUAUGGGGAAUUUUUGCAGAUUUAAUUAUCUAUUCAUUUGUUAUGAAAAAAUGUGCUGACUUUCAAUGUAUUUGAUGAAUUUGAAUGCAAAAUGUUCUGCUAAAAUAUGAUAAAAUGAACAAUAUACAAGAUAAAAAUGCUUACUUUACAGAAAUGAAAGGUUAACAUGAUGUUUUUUGCUCAUUUUGUAGUGCACUGAUGUUUAUUAAGUGAAAUUGCUUGUUCAGUCACUGGUGUUACAGAUGUGUUACCAUGUGAUGCUUGUUCUUUUUCAUGAUUUUUUUGUUAUUAAAAGUAUCCUGCAUGAAAUGUUAGAAUCAUUCAUUUCUGCACUGUUUCUAAUAUCAGUAGUUAAAUUUUCAUGUUUAUUGGACAAAAAUGUAUUAUUGUUUUUUAAAAAAUAGUAUAGGAAGAUGUCUUUAAGUAUAAAGAAAGACCACUUUAUUUUUGUUUUUUUCAGUGCUUGUGUAUAAACAUACUUUGGUAACAUGUUAAGUUAAAUGGAAUUUCUUUAUCACAUUCAGUCACAUUGUAAUUUCAAUUAAAAAUAAAUAAAUUGAUGACAAAAUAAAUUCUUCAAGAUGGGGUAACACCAGUGACAAAUUGACCAAAACUUUGCAUUUUAUGUCAAAAUAUAUUAAAAUCUAUUUGGAAUU